AUGCGUAUGGCAGAUUUUAUUAAUUUAAAAAUUACAUCGCAACGAUUUCAUAUGAAUAAUACUAUUGAGACAAUGGCUAAUGAAAUGUUUAUUGAAUCAUGGUCAACUAAUAUAUCUUAUGAAAUUUUUUUUAAUAGUUGUGCUCCAAUUGAUUGUACUUAUACAUAUUAUUAUCAAUUCGAUGCAUUGGAAUUAUUAACAACAUUUUUAAGUGUAUUUGCUGGUCUAUCACUUGGCCUUCGCUUUAUUGUGCCUCAUCUUAUGAAACUAAUUAAUAAGAUUCGAAAUCGCUUGAGAAUGUGUGUGUGA